AUGGAGGGUUAUGACUUGGGUGUGAGAAAAGGAGCUUGGACUAGAGAGGAAGAUGAUCUUCUGAGGCAGUGCAUUGAGAAUCAAGGAGAAGGAAAGUGGCACCAAGUUCCUUACAAAGCAAGGUUGAACAGGUGCAGGAAGAGCUGUAAACUAAGGUGGUUAAACUAUUUGAAGCCAAAUAUCAAGAGAGGAGAGUUUGCAGAGGAUGAAGUAGAUCUAAUAAUUAGGCUUCAUAAGCUUUUAGGAAACAGGUGGUCAUUGAUUGCAAGAAGGACAGCGAAUGAUGUGAAAAAUUAUUGGAACACUCGACUGUGGAUGGAUUCUCGCCUGAAAAAGGUGAAAGAUAAACCCCAAGAAACAAUAAAGACCAUCGUAAUAAGACCUCAACCCUGA